GCCCGAGGCGCGACGCGCGGCAGCUCAACGACACCGCUUCCAGCCCAGGCUUCCGAGCUAAGCCUUCGCGGAAUCAAAUUGGCUGUACAGCCGUCAUCCGCACCGCGGCCCACUUGCGGUCGGAGGAAUUCGACCCUACCCGGCCGCCGUAGCUACCUCUCCCUAGUGGGCGGGGCCAAGGUCCGGGUGACCCCGCCGGAGCCGCCGCUGCCAGCGACAUGUUCAAGGUAAUUCAGAGGUCUGUGGGGCCGGCCAGCCUGAGUCUGCUCACCUUCAAAGUCUAUGCGUCACCAAAAAAGGACUCACCUCACAAGGCUUCUGUGAAAGUUAAUGAGCUUUCACUCUACUCCGUUCCUGAGGGGCAGUCUAAAUAUGUGGAAGAGCCAAGGACCCAACUUGAAGAAAGCAUCUCCCAUCUCCGACAUUAUUGUGAGCCAUAUACAAAUUGGUGUCAGGAAAUGUACUCCCAAACUAAGCCCAAGAUGCAAAAUUUGGUUCAAUGGGGGUUAGACAGCUAUGAAUAUCUCCAAAAUGCACCUCCUGGAUUUUUUCCAAGACUUGGUGUUAUUGGUUUUGCUGGUAUUAUUGGACUCCUUUUGGCUAGAGGUUCAAAAAUAAAGAAGCUGGUGUAUCCACCUGGUUUCAUGGGAUUAGCUGCCUCUCUUUAUUACCCACAACAAGCCAUCGUAUUUGUCCAGGUCAGUGGGGAGAAAUUAUAUGACUGGGGUUUACGAGGAUACAUAGUCGUAGAAGAUUUAUGGAAGGAGAACUUUCAAAAGCCAGGAAAUGUGAAGAGUUCACCCGGAAAUAAGUAGAAUACUCCAUGCUCUGUCCAUUUUAAUCAGUUAUAGGUAAACAUUGAAAACUCCAUACAGUAAACCAAUAUUUCUACAGAAAAAUGGCAGAAAAGUCAGUAUUGAAUGUAGUAAAUUGGCAUUCUUCUUCAGGAAAAACUACACUAGGCCUCUUUGUUCUCUUGGAUGAUUCCAUACUACAAGUGGACUAAUCGGAAAUUCUUUCACCUAGAGAAAAUGUAUAAGCCUUAGAACUCCUCGUUCUCAUGUUGCUAUUUAUGUACAUAAUUAAAAUUCUAAGUUAAAAAAAAAGU